AUGAAAUUAUUUUUCCUACUGUUUUUCGUGUACAUAGCGAACUGUGAACGACUCUGUUCUCGCGACGAGAGUCUAAACAUUACCGAAGGUGUAAAAUUCGAGAACGGUUCUAUUAUUUUCGAGGACAUUGAGUACUCGGAAGGACAUUGGUACGAGUUGGUGCAAGAUGAAGUUACCACCGUUUUUGGCUGUCCGUGUAUUGGACGGAUAUGUAUGUGGAAGUGUUGUGGACAAGGAAAAUCCUACGUGAAUCGUUCUUGCACAGAUGUGGACAUUGCUGAGGUCAAUCCCUUCAAUCCGCCGAUUUUUAGUGGUACAGAGUCGACUAAUGUCGUUGCUUCGGAAGCUUUCUUCUACAAGUACACGCUAUCGUGUGAAAAGUAUCUCGUCGGGGCUGGCGCAAACGAAUAUAUAUAUCUUCAAAAGAAUGGUACAUUGUAUGAAAUCGAGAGAAAUAGACCACAAUGGCAUCCGCCGGCAAGGUUCUGUAUGGACAUGUGGCAGGAUACCAGGUUCCCGGAACCUAUCCUCGUUGCUGGGGUGUGUUACCCGGAUACACCCCCUGACCAAGACGCGGCUGGAUUAUUCAUUGCCUACAGCAUAGGUCUGAUGAUAUCUAUUCCGUUCCUCCUGGCGACAUUCCUGGUCUACGCUUUCAUACCAGAACUUCGGAAUCUCCACGGCAUGUGCCUGAUGGCCUACUGCGGUGGACUGAUCAUCGCCUAUUCCUUCUUGGCUUAUCUGAAACUCCACUUUGGAAAGAUCGGCGUGGCUAUGACUGGCUGUUAUGUUAUUGCGUUCAUCGUGUACUUCUCUUUUCAGUCCAGUUUCUUUUGGCUGAACAUCAUGUGUUUUGAUAUUUGGAGGACUUUUAGCCAUGGCUACAGAGGAAGUUCAAAUAAGCGUCGGGAGAAGAAGCGGUUCGGCUUAUACGCUCUCUACGCUUGGGGUGUUCCAGCUGUUCUCACUUCCAUUACCAUCGCAAUGCAAUUCAGCCAGGACCUGCCAAUUAACAUCGUAACUCCAGGUUUUGGCAGCCAACGGUGCUGGUUUGCAGAUUGGCUAAGCGAACUAGUAUACUUCUUCAUCCCGGUUUUCUUAAUAGUGAUAUGCAACGUUGUUUUAUUUACAAUUACUGCAUAUCGCAUACGUUCGAUCAAGCAAGAGACGGCCAUACUCAAAGGCGUGGAGUCAGCGCGCAGUGAUAAAUUGAAAAAGGACAAACAGAGAUAUGCUCUAUAUCUGAAACUGUUUGUGGUGAUGGGCGUGAAUUGGUCAGUCGAGGUGAUCAGCUUUGCAGUCGGCGGUUCCAACUGGUAUUGGAUAUUGAUCGACUUCUCGAAUAUCGCGUUGGGAAUUUAUAUAUUCUUUAUAUUCGUUUGGAAGAAUAAAGUUCGCUCUCUGGUCACUAAGAAAUGGCAAAGGAUCCGCGGCGUGCAGACGAGAGAGACGAACACGGGCCGGUGGAUGUCCAGCUCAGCACCUACAGACGACACGCGCGUCUCCAACGACGAGACAGCUAUACGUCUCAAAGAGUUACGCUAG